AUGGCUGAAACAUGGGAAAUCAUACUGUGGGUCAUUGUCGCUGCGGCUAUCGUCAUCCUAAUUUUUGUUGCCAUAGGGAUAUUUCUUGCAUGUCGAAAACGAAAUCGGCGAAAAAAGAACGUAAAGUAUGUAUCCGUUUUGUCGUGAACGUUUUGCUCAUGCGUGUGCAUAUAUUCCCAUACUUUGUAUUGGAGUGGAACCAUAUACCGGAUACAUCCGAUAAUAUCAAUCAAUCAAAAUUUAUUAAGCACCAUUAACUAAACCAAAUAAUUAUUUACAAAAGGUAAUUCUACAAAACAAUGGUGCAAGCUAACUGUAAUAACCAUAUUAAAGGAUAGACGAGACAGCUUGUAAUUAUUGUUAAAAUCAAUAGUGAGAAUAGCUCAGAUGGUUAAAUGUCUUAAAUAUAAAAUUGAAAUCAAAUUAUCAUGCAAAUUAUCAAUGAAUAUAUUUUAAGAAUAUAAUUCCAAUAAUGAAGAAUACCAAUUUCACUCAUUAUAUUUCGAUAAUAAUUUUUUUUUAAUUUCUUUUUAAAUUGCGAUGGUUUAAGUUUCUUUGUCUCAUAAUCAAUAUCAUUCCAUAGUUUUGCACCAGAAUAUCUGAUAUUAAAUUUUCCAUAAUUGGUGCUUAUACGAGGAAGAGAAUAUGAUGAUCUUGAAGCGGUAUUCGUGUAGUAUUCGGGUAUUGGCGAUAUUGACAAUUCAAAAAUACCGAUAUACCGACAUUACCUACAGGAUUGAAACGCUAUCUCAAGUCAAACUUGCUUACAAUCACGUUUAGAAACCAAAGUUAAUACUCACACAGAUGGACGAUUUUGUUCUUACAGUUCCAGCAGCUUUAGUUUAGCAAUACCAAGACGUCUUGUUUAUUAAAUCGCCUUAAUCGGAAAUAUAUAAAUGGCGAAAUUUUUUAAAAAAUUUCAAGGAAAAUUUCGAUAAAAAAGAACAUUCGAUUUUGGAAAGUGGAAGCACUAGCAUUUGCGAAGCAGCGAAAACCUUUUCAAGUUUUUUGGAAAUAUUUAUCGGGCAGUAUAAUAAUUGCCGGUUAGCAUUUUAUGAUAACUACAUGUAAACUAAGAUCAAAAUGAACAACGAUUAUGCUAACUAAUUAUUACUAUAUGUCUUUGGUUUAUUAAGAACCAAGCAUCUAAGAGGGGCUAGUUAAUGUACACAGCUAAUUCAGUUAAAAUGCGAUCACAAAUAUGAUUUUUUGUAUGUGUAACAUCUAGGUUAUUCGAAGAAGAAAUGUAAUAUAUCUUUAUAAUAAAAAAUCCCAUCUUGAUGAACUUUUUCACUCUCAAAGUUUCUGGAUAUGAUGUCAUUAGGUGAAUUACAAAUUAGUUUUCUUUUGUUUUUCUACCAAAAAUUCACCUAAUGCCAUCAUAUCCGGGAACUUUGACAGGGAAAAAGUUUAUCAAGAUGAGGUUUUUUACUAUAAAUCGACAUCACAUUUCUUCUUAGAAUGACCCAAAUAUUACAAAUACCAAAAACUAUAUUUGGGGUUAGUCGCACUUUAACGUUACCCUAUGAAAGGUCGAAACCACGAAAAGUAGAACUUUUAAGCGCGAUAAGUGACAUUGGUGUGACAUUUUUUUCAAUGCUUCUAUUUGCUCGAAAUAUUUCGCAACACACAUCUUCCAUUCCUCCGUUCUUUACGACUAUUUUCUUACCGUUCAUUUAGACACCAACGUUUCGAGUGGCAAAGAAAAGAUGAGACGGAUUAUGGAAAACGAAAAGUUCGUUAUGACGCGUCUAGUAGCGAGGCAAAAAUUAUGGAUGAAACUGACGGCGGUGAAAAAUCAUCCCAACUGACCAAGGUCGAAUAUAAUGCGAAAACUGAGGAAGCCAAGAUACUUGGUGUAGGCGAUAAUAAAGGUUUUGUGGAAGAAAAAGUGACCGGAAGUAGUGCUAGAAAUAGCAGUGACGAAAUCUCAGGCGUUCAAAAAUUUAAUGACUAUCAAAUGUCAAGCGAAAUUUCAAGGCCAACGACGAGUCACGUGAGCAAGGAAUCUAAAAGUUUUUCGGAGACCUAUGAAUCGAGGGAAACUGAAGUUAAACGUCUGGGCGAGAGCAAAGGUGAUUACGUUAGAUUAGAAGCCGCACCUGUGCAAAGAGAACGCCUACAGCCGAUUGAAGUGGUUCCCAGGGAAACGGCGAUGACGUCAACGACGACGUCAAAGAAUGUGACGUCACAAGGUGCUGUGAAAAGCUAUACAAAUCUUGGAUACAGUCAAGCUGGUCAGAAUGGUGAUUUGAUAUCAAACGUUCAGUUUCAACUACCGGUUGCUGUGAUAAGGGCGUUUGUUAAUCCUGGACAUAAUACCAGUUUGAGGUGAGUUACUUUGUAUUGUGUUGUUAUAAUAUUAUUUUAUAUUAGUAGCAGUGAAUGAAAGCAUUGUCUGCCUGUUUUGUUACCCCAAUUCAAAGAUAAUUAUUGUAUGUUGUCUUUAUUUGGACGACUUUCUUAAGUUGGAUGAUUUUAUUCCUGAUGAAACGUUUUAUGAUUGACAUACCUACUUACAAUGGCACAAUCGUUAGAGCAUGCGCUUCUCACUUCUAUGAUCGGGGUUUCGAUUCUCGCUGCGGACGUGUGACACUUUUGUGACAAGAGUUAGUCAACGCUCUACCGAAAGUCAUGAAUUUUCUCCGGGUACUCCGAUUCUCUCCCACAGGCAAUAUCGGUAGGGUAGGUUGGGAUUAGCCCCCUAACCUAAUUACAUGAUUAAAAUUAUUAAUAACAUUUCUAUUGCGCAAAUUCACAUGUGGAUAUACGCCUAGACCAUUUUAUCUUUACAACAGUUGUGAUGUUGCUUUCUUAACUGUGUUUAUCCUAACCCACCCUGUCAACUCUCCCUGUCGGAAGAAACCGGAGCGCUUGGAGAAAACCCACGACUUUCGGCAGAGCGUUGACUGACUCUUUUCACAUGAAUCCAUAGCGAGAUCUCAGAGGUGAAGAGGCGUGCUCUUGACGACACGUCCUAAAUGUUACAUUAAGAUUUGUGCCACUGUCCUUCAAUAUUUCUUGACUUUAAACAGGCAAGCAAAAUCCUUACCAAGAAAUUACUCAAAGUUGAACUACAAGAAAUCUUUUACGACCUCCACAACACCUAGACGCAGACCUCUCCUCUACACUUGGUCCUUGAAAGCCAACGACUCCGAAACUGCGCAACCUUGGGUGAACCUCCCUGUGAUAUACAAAGAAACACAUCCUUACGGUGACCGUCGAAGGAGCGCAAAACAUAGACGCUCAACACAAGCAAGAAGUUUUACGAAACGUAGUUUAAUGAAACAAAAGGAUAAGAAAUGUGGGUCCCUGAACGGAAUUUAUAUCACCGAUAGUCGUCCUCGACGAUCUUACCAACACAAUGCCAAAGGUUCGACAUAUUACGAGAAAUCGGUGGGACCUUAUGAAAGCUAUUUUGUUCCAAACUCCGAUAGAGCUGAUGCGGAUUACAGCCCUUCAAAACGUCAGGAAAUUUCAAAAAGCGAUCGCAGAAAUUAUGGUGAUUUUUACGAAGAGCAUUACAAAAUGGUUAAGAAGUCAGAGUUCCCAGCAUUCCGUUCGAGCUCGACCAAAUACGAGACGAAGAAAUCACGUGAUGUUGAGCCCGAGAUCUCGUCCAUUGUCAGCGGCAGCGAGUUCUCGGAUUUCUUACCAACUCCUCCGCGGCCAAGCGAGAGCCAAUCAGAUGGCUCGGCGGAAGGGUAUUCUCGCGGGAGUUAUAAAGCGUACAAGAGUAGGUUAGAAAAGAGCAGUAAGAGAAGAAGGGAAGUCGUUUCUGAGGAU